AUGUCUGCUGCUGCUGCUGGUGCUGGCACGCGGCGCUCUCUGCUGCACGAUGUGUUAUCGCAUGCAGAAGUGGUCGAGUUGGGCCUGGACGGCUCUGUUGAUGAUCUGCCGCCUCUGACCACUCGUCUGAGCCCUUCCUGCGCCCGCGUGGUGGUGCUGUUCGCCUGGUUUUACUUUCUUGCCUUUUGGGGGGCAGUGGCUGCGGCUGUUCGUCACGUGAUAGCAGCGCAUGCAGAAACUCUGUUACCAGGUCCUGAGGAUUUCAUCUUUGUUGCAGUUUCCACGGUGCUCCUGGUGUCUGCGGAGUUUGGGGUGUACUGUCACCUCAAGAUUAUGAAUCCCGUAUCUAUCAACAACGGCCCAAUGGGCAAUUUAUUAUCUCCCACUCCUUGUUGUUCCUUUACCCACUUCAUGCUUUCAGCAACGUCGCGUUUCUGUACAUUUCUUGAGUUUUUAUUUCUCUUGCAUGCAUGGGUGUUGCCGCUCCCCCUGUUGGCCUGUGCGGCGUUUACGGUGUCGACGACAGUGGGGGCGUUGCCUUUCCUGCUGCAGCUGCGGUGUCUUCUCAGCUGCCUCUUUGGUGAUUUCUUUGACCCGUUGCGGUUCUCCACAUGCAUCCCCACUGUCCCACUUGAACGUCUGCUGCUGCGCUGCAGCCGCCUCUGCCUCGCGGGCGUCGCUAAGGGGGCCCGGGGGGCCCUCUGGCACCUCCGUAGAGCCAGGGAGAGGUUGAGGGGCCUCCUUCGACGCGGUGCUGCUGUCUCACCAGGCAGGAGAGUAGACAUAUCAUGCUGUGACUUUGGCUCAGACAGCAGCAGCAGCAGCAGCAGCAGCAGCAGCAGGGCACGCCAGGCGUCCAGCAGCUGCCAGGCGAACAUAGGGGGUGCAGCAGCAGUUCAGUUGCUGCAGGGAGAGGGGCCCUUACACGAGUUGGGGGCCCCCCUAACCGUCCUCAAGGAGCCUCUCGCGUACCCAGGCCAGAGCCAGCAGGGGGAGGGGGAGUGUCCAUACACCCCAGCUGAAGGGGACGCAGCCCCAGGCGGUAGUGGUUCCUUCGCAGUUUCAUCUUGUGGUGGAUCUACAACAGCGGAAUGGAGGCCCAACGAGCAGCAGCUGCAGCAGCCACCAGCUGUCCAUACACCGCAAGAACUGGAGAAUCUUUCGAGCUCUAGCCACUGCCCUGAUGCUACCAUUCCUUUCUCUUAUCGAGAGGAAACUGCCAGCAGCCAGGGGCGCCCCCUCAGGCCCCCAGAAACCCCCACGAGGCCGCCAGCCCCGCAGUUCAUCUCCCCUCGCGCUGCCUUGGUGCUGGCGAAUUGUUUGUUUCUGCUGGACCUCCCCGGCCUGACGCUGCACGUCAAAGCGAGCUUUCUCCCCCUUCAACAGCUGGAGGCCCAUGAAUUCCUGAGUUCUCUCGUUUCCCUUGUGUAA